CCCACACUUGCUGCACUGUACUCGGUCCUCUCAAAUUUAAUUAAAUCAAAUGGGUAACAACCUUUUGAUUUCAUUUCUUCUUGUUGUCUUCGAGAUUGCUGCUCCUGCUGCUGAAGGAAGUCAACACUUUGACUCUCAGCAGACUCUCCCGUCGAGCUGUCCAGCUCCUGACCCUACCCUCAAUCACCGGCCGGCUAUCGGAAUUGUUUGUCAUCCCGGCGAUGGCGCCUCCGGCCGCCUUAGCAACGCUACUAAUAUUUCCUACAUUGCUGCUUCCUAUGUUAAGUUUGCUGAAAUGGCUGGUGCUAGAGUCAUUCCUCUCAUAUACACAGCGCCUCCUGAAAUUCUCAAUCAAAAACUUAAUCUUGUUAAUGGCAUUAUCUUCACUGGUGGGUGGGCCAAGGACGGUCUCUAUUUUGAUGUUAUUAAAGGAAUUUUCCAGAAAGCUUUGGCGAAGAAUGAUGCUGGCGAGCAUUUUCCUAUACUUGCAAUCUGCUUGGGAUAUGAACUUUUAACAAUGAUCAUCACCAAGGACAACAAUAUCCUCGAGGAAUUCAGUGCAGCGAGUCAAGCAUCUACAGUACAGUUUGUGGAAAAUGUGAAUAUUGAAGGAACAGUAUUUGGAAGGUAUAUGUUUGUUUAUUCCCCCAUGUUGCUAAAGAAGAUGAGUAUAGAUUGCCUUGUGAUGCAAAAUCAUCAUUUUGGUAUAUCACCAGAAAGAUUUCUAGCGAAUAAAGACUUGAGUGGCUUUUUCAGGGUCUUGACAACUAGUACGGAUGAAAACAACAAGGUCUAUGUCUCUACUAUUCAAGCUAAACGUUAUCCUAUAGCUGGUUUUCAAUGGCACCCAGAGAAAAAUGUUUUCGAAUGGGGCUCAUCAAGGAUUCCACAUUCUGAGGAUGCAGUUCAAGUUACUACACAUGUUGCCAACUAUUUUAUUAGUGAAGCUAGAAAGUCUUCUAACAAGCCAGUAGCUCGCGAAGUGCUUGAUAAUCUCAUCUACAAUUACAGUCCCAUUUAUGGUGGGAAGGCAGGGAAGGGUUUUGAUGAGGUUUAUCUCUUCACUCCGCAUUCUGCCUUGAGCUAUCUAUAGAGGAAAAAGAGCAAAAGCAGUGUAAUUGAGCACCAACAACUGUGCAAUCUAAGAUGCACGUGAAGACUUGGAGUUGCGGGCAGUAUGUGAUGUUCACUGCUGGAAUUGCUUUUCAAUCUCCAGUUAACUGUUCUCACCACCAAAUUGGGAAUGUUAAAACUAGUUGUAUGGUGAUUUUUUAGUCUUCUGCUGUCCACCCUUCUAUGAAAUAAAACAUUGAUUUGAGUUAUUCUGUGAGCCUUCAUAUCUCAAAUAACCAUGUGCUGGCUACAGCCUACUAGUUCUUGGUAGUAUUGUCUGGAGGGAUGUAAAAUAUUGUGUUUAAUUUGCUAUAAAUUUAAAGCAGCAUUGUCUUAA